UUUGAAAGUUUAUUAUUUGCGGUUGUAAUAUUUAUAUGGCAAUUCUCUAGGUUUUUGUUGCCUAAAUUCCCUUUUUGCCUUGAGCAAAGGUCCAUUAAGGUAGAGCCUUUUUAUAAGGCGCGCCUUUGAUGUCUUUUAAUGGCCUCGGUGGAUUUCCUUCGUGGCGAAGUUGAGCGUUUAACGAGUGAGCUUCAGGUUGCUUCACAAGAAAAGAUACAGGCUGCAGAAUACGGUUUGGCUGUUCUGGAAGAGAAAAGAAAACUCGAGGAGCAAUAUGACGAUUUAGAGAGCACGAAUGAGUCAAUUAAACAAGAGUUAGAAUGUCUUAAAGAGGUUCAUGAGCAGUUGAAACUUGAGCAGCAAAAAAGAAGCAAGUUUGGAGAUGAUCGUGAAGAGAGUCUCGUCAAGGAAAGUGAAUCAAGGGAGGCCAACUUCCUCCACAAGAUUCGUGACCUUGAAAAUGAGCUCCGUCAAGCUAAAAAAGCAGAGAAAGAAGGYCUCCUUGAGAGUGACAGACAGACMAACCAAAUAAGUACACUUYUAAAGGAGGUUGAGCAACUUAACCAAUCUAAGAAAGAAUUGUACAAUGAAAUAAGACAAUUAAAGUACCGUGAAUCUAARCACUUACAGGAAUAUGGUGAAUUGGAGGAAGAAAAUAUCAACCUUCAAAAACAGUAUUCAGCUCUCAAACUAUCAAUGGUUGAAUUUGAGGCCCUGAAAGUCGAAAACAAAAGCUUUUCCGAUGAAAUAGAUGCUGUUCAACUUCAACUUCAAAUGGCUUGUGAACGGAGAGAUCARAUUCAAAAGCAGCUCAACGAAGCCCUGGAAUCUUUAAAGGAACAACGGGAAAGAAACACAGUUUUACAGAAAGAGCUGCAAGAAAGUCGUCAAACGCCUUCGUUCAGUAGUUGGGAGAUUGAAAGCUCCGUUGUGGCACAAAUUAAUCAGGAAAACAAGAAUAAAGACGAUGGUGGAUCUAGUAGUGAUGAGCCAACCUCUCCUCUAAGUCCUGCACCCGUUCUAGUGGAAGACCUCAUGAAAGAACUACAAAUAUCAGAAAUGAAAGGAUUAGAGGAGCAAUUAUCAAAGCUUUCCAGUGAAAAGACUCAACUAAGCAAUGAACUUGCUAAGAAGAAUCUAGAUGUGGCAAAACUAAAGCAGGAGUUUGACGCCCUGCAAACGAUAAGAGAAGCAAAAUUGCUUUGUGAUACUUUAGACGAUGACUUUGAUGAGAGCGAGCUAAACGUCUCUUUGGAGAACUGUGUCAAAAUAAACAAUCAGCUUAAAGAGCUGGAAGAACUCAGGAAAGUCUUGAAGCGUUACCAGACUAAAGACGGCAAGUACCAGGCACAAAUACGAGACUUAAAGAACGAAGUUGAAAGUCUUAGAAGCAAACUUAGUGUUGCACAAACUAAAGCUGAUGAGUCGAUCUUUUUGACGAAACGAACAAAGGAGUUAGAAGAGGAAGUAUUGAAUUUUAAGAACAAACUAACAGAGUCAGAAGAUAUCGUCAAAGGAUUGCAGGAUGAUGUGAAGUCCAUGAGCGACCUUGCAGGGGAGGCCCAGGGGAGUUUAAAUUGCACACAGGAUGAACUGAGGUAUGUCAGUAAUGACCUUACAAAGCUAUACAAGCAUGUCUGCUCGGCAAAUGGAGAAACACCCAAAUCAUUAGGACCUAAAGCUGCAGAGAAGACUAAGGGAACCCAAGAAAAUGGAGAUGCUACAAAGUCGGAAACUCCUUCGACAUCUCCCGUCAACGAAAAGGGCGUGCCCGAAGAGCGGCAAUCACCCAUGGGAAGUGAAAACCCGAAUGAUUCUGAAGACCGUGCAGACCCRCUAUCAUGUUAUCGUGUUAUAAGYACAGUUCGUGAUCAAGUAAAGUUCCUCAAGCGUGCUGUAGAGAAAACGGUUGAGAUAUCUCGCCAGAGAGCUUUAGAGUAUCGUGUAGUCAACGAAGAUACCGCGCGAUCUCCUGCUCCAGGCGAGUAUGAUGAUUCCCUGAGACACCAAGUCGUGAAACUCCAAGGUCUGUUAGCUACAAAACGGGAACAAAUAACSACGUUAAGAACAGUCCUUAAAGCUAAUAAAUCAACCUAUGAAGUUGCGUUGGCAAAUCUCAAGAGUCGUUACGAGAACGAUAAAGCUGUGCAGUCCGAAUCUUACUCACAGCUGAAACGUAAUCUGAAGGCUUUGAAGGCAGAAGCAGCGACAUUCGCUUCCUUACGAAGUAUGUUCGCUGGAAGGUGCGAGGAAUAUGUUAUACAAAUGGACGAACUGCAAAGAAAGCUGUCCGCUGCUGAAGAAGAAAAGAAAACGUUGAAUCAACUUCUUAAACAAGCUAUUCAUCAGAAAAUCGCAUUGACACAAAGGCUUGAAGARUUUGAAAUUGCGCGCGAAAGAUUACGCGCUUACACGAGGAAAAAGACAAGAGCGGCUAAAACUAGACCAUCUACACGCGUCUAGCUCGUAUGCAGAAAGGGUAUAAUGUCGUCUAUGAUGGCAUGUGGAAAUGAAGCAACUUGUGUCUAUUCAUUGACAAAAUACACCAGUCAACGAAUUAUAAUCGAAGGAAUCUGCAUUUUAUACACAUGCUUUUUGGCUUUGCUGUUGAUGCCAUCAAUGAAGAAGACUGAAGCAAAURGCGUAUUACCUGGUAUUAUAGUUGUAAAGAAAUUAAGAAAGAAACAGUUCGAUUCAAAGGAUAGGGCUAGAAUGGACAAAAAUAGUUUAACCUUCGUACAGUUGUCAAGAACAUAAGGAAUGGUUGUAUGUGGAUUCUGGUGUAUGGUGAAGCAUACUUGCUAUUUCMGAAACAGGUUAUUUMUGCAUGUGGCCCUGCUAUCAGAAGAGUAUAGAAAAAAAUAACAAGAUAAUGGAGAAUCACAUGACCUUACUUGGUAUAGCAUACGUAUUGGGCAUAGAACUAAGCAAAGUAUUUUUAGUAUAAAGAAUUACAUUGUGGAGAAUAUAUGGAUUGGAAUAAACAGUCUGAUACGAAGGCAAACAAAAGUGCUUUUGUAUUUUUAAAUUGAUUAAUAAGUCACUAACACUUUGUGAAUUCGUAAAAACAUAUUUUAACAAAAAUUUGUAAAGAAAGUUUUUAAUGUAUUUGUGACUGUAUGCGGAAAUAUUAUUUUAAGAUUUAAUAUUUUAGUAAAAUUUGGUAAUUGUUAAAAAAAUAUUCAACUUCAAUGCAGCCAUUUUAGGUGUUUUUAUUUCAUAUCAGUGAGAGGAGUCGAGUACUGUGAUAUGACACAGAAAUUGCUGCAAAGGAGUGUAAURCAUAUAUUCUAUUAACACAAUAGUAAAAUAAAAACAUAUCACAAUAUAAUUCAUAAGCAAAAAUCAAAUAAAGUGCCAUUUCAUGUGGUUUAUCUUUAA